AUGGCUGGUUCAUAUAUUGUCAAGAAUUCAAAAUUCUCAAUUGACUUUCUAACUGAAUUUUCCAACUUCGAACAGAAACUCCCAAAAGGAGCUCAUGGGUCAGACAAUGAUCUUUCUGCAUAUACUGGAUGUAUCAGAGGAAUUCUUGGCUCUAGAACUGAUUUCGGAAAUAUUCGGAUAAUGAAAAAAGGAACUGGUUGGUCUAGAGAUGACUGGCUUACGAGUGGACUCUGGAAUCCUGCCAGAGAUUUCAUGCUUCAUGGAUGGAAAACAAAACAAUUGAAAACUACACCAAGUGAUGUUUUAGAGCCGAUUCCCAUGAACUACGAUCAAUGGUAUAAUCCACUAGCAAGGCCAAUUGUAGUGGAAAGAUGUUUUAUAGGAAACACAUCUUGGUCAUACUCUCCUCGUGUCCUUGGUGAUCGGAAACAAAUUGAUGAAUUACUGAUGGAAUAUGCUAGAAAAGUUGAUAAAGAAAAAGCAAAAUCAUUGGGUAGAUUACCCCUUAUUCUAGAAAAUCCCUAA